AAAGAGAGCUCCUGUCUGUCUUAAGCUCGCGUCUGUCUGUUGAUCCCUGUGGUAAUAGUUUUUUUUUUUAUCUUUCUAUGAAUGAGCACAGUGGGUAAACAUAUGACCCUCCUCAUCUAGCGCUCUUACAAAACAAGGCGAUGUGAGUGUUUGGGACGUAGACGAAGAGCUGGUGGGGGGGGGGGAGGCUAUUGACAGCUGACUGCUGGACGGCGAAGAGCUUCGACUCCUGCUGUUGAUCUGACUCCGCGGUGCUCAGCUGCUCCUCUCAUCCUCCGUCGGUCCGUCCGUCCGUCCACUUGUUCCCCGGGGGCUUGCUGGUUGCCGGGGGUUACGCUGGUUGCCGAGCGCCAUGUCGGAGCACAUGCAGCUCUCCCUCGCCUUGUGCCGGAUCGGGCUUUACACGUGUUUUCGGGCACUGUGCUGUAAAGGACCCCCACCGCCAAGACCCGAGUAUGACGUGGUGUGCAUCGGCCUGACGGGGGCUGGGAAGACCAGCUUGCUGUCGCGGCUCUGCAGCGAGGGCAGCGACGGCAUCAUUCCUACGACAGGUUUCAGCAUCAAGGCAGUGCCAUUUCCAAAUGCCAUCUUAAAUGUAAAAGAACUUGGAGGAGCUGACAACAUCAAGAAAUAUUGGAGUCGUUACUACCAGGGGUCACAGGGUGUAAUCUUCGUACUGGAUAGCGCAUCAUCAGACGAGGACCUUGAGGCGGCGCGGAACGAGCUCCACUCGGCUCUGCAGCACCCUCAGCUCUGCACGCUGCCCUUCCUCAUCCUUGCCAAUCACCAGGACAAGCCUGCAGCGAGAGCGCCGAAUCAGAUAAAGAAAUACUUUGAGCUGGAGCCGCUGGCGAGAGGAAAGCGUUGGAUCCUGGAGGGAAGCACCACCGACAACAUGGAGGCGGUGAAGGAGAGUUUCGGUCAGUUCAUCAGCCUCCUGGAGGACAAGGAAACGGAGCCUGCAAGGAUAUGAGGCUAACGCGCGCUAGCGGUUGCCCACCGCCACGUUACUGCUGGUGGCCACGUCCACACACCCGAGCGAGCGCAGACACAACAGCACACAGGAAAACGCAACAGAUGUCGGCCACUCUUUGUGAUGAAUAUUGUAUGUUGUCCUCCCUCCGCCGCGCUCUCAGUUUUCACAUCGGAACAGCGAGCCGGAGCAUCAGCCGAGCGCCGCAGACCGACAGAAGAGAGCCACCUUUAAAGCCACCCAGGCUCAGAGAAAAGUCCCCGCCGUCUGCCGACAAUGGAGACCUUGUUUACUACUGUUUGUGCCAUUGUGAUGUGAUCAAAGGCGCUUAGGACGUUUAGCAACUCUAGUUAGCAUUAAACACUAACACACACUCUUGUACUCAAACACACACACACGCACAGACAGACGUGAAACUGAGUGGAGCCCACAUAGAUAUGUUUAGCAUCUCCACCUUUUUGCUUUGCAGGAUGUUUGAGGGAGAGAGAGAGCACGGCCGAUGCAAAGUCUCCCCUUUGACUCUCCAAGCAGCGGAGUGCAUAGUCUUAACGCCCGUGAUCUGUGCGGUAGCUACCUGUAACCUGACUAGUGUAGUCUGAGGAUCUCAUGGAGUAUUAUGUACACGCAUACUAGCAUUUGGCUGUGUGAUCAUACACCAGUGCAAACUACUAACCGAGUGACUGAGAGCAUCGUUUAGUUAGGGGUGCGGGGGCUUUUAUAAAUGUGUGAUUUUAGGUUGUGUUUUAUAGCUUAUGUCUGUUUAACCUCGUAAAGCAGCGUUUGUGAUUCUUUUUAAAAAUGUCUCUGUUAUGUGAUUUUUUUUUUGUGUCAAAUCAAAGACCAAAAACUACAGAAAAGAAAGAAGAUGUGUGACUUUGGUGGUUGAGGGGGGGGGGCGUUGUAUUAUUGACCAAUGUCUGGCUUGUUUUUUCUUUUAUUUCUACUGUAAUUUCUUUCCUUUCCUUUUUCCAUUUGGCAUAAGCUCUCAACGCCGCAGUUUCCCAUCAGGCCGGAGUACAAACUAUCAAUCAGCCGCAGCAACAGCUGCAUCUGACAAGUCCCUGUCCGACACCCUAAUGCCUUCCAACUGUCUGGAGACCUACACCCCCCCUCCUCCAUCCCCCCCCAUCCCCCUGUCUGCUGUUUAUUGCGCAUACACCCCCCACCUCGUCCCGGAGCGGCUCUGCCCCUCCAGUCCAACUGCGCUCGACAUUCCCGCCGCUGCUCGAUGAGCUUUUUUUUUUUUUUUUUUUUAAUCUCGGAUGUCGUCUCAUGUGGACUCCGUGCCGUUUAGGAUGAGUCGCCUUCAUUGUGCCACAGGUGUCGGGUUAUAUCUCCAAGACUAAAAAUAAUCGGCAGGCCGUCUAGUCAGUGGUUUUUUUUUUUAGGUUUUUAGAGUUUUGAUCACUUGUUUUGUACCUGGUAGGAGAAAUGAGCGAACUUGUUUGCUUGGAUGCAACAAAUGGAUCUCUACGCCCGGGGGGGGAUUAAACCAGAGUUGGACUUUUCAUGUCGUCUUCUCACCAACAACUAAAAUCACAAAUAUGUUCAUUCAGCUGUGCAGUGUGUCCGACGUUGAAAUUAAACUUUUCAAAUCCAAACCAAA